AUGGCUUCCAGAUUAGAGGAGGAUCUCUGCUGUCCUGUCUGCCAUGACAUCUUUAAAGAUCCUGUCAUGCUGUCAUGUAGCCACAGCUUCUGUAGAGUCUGUCUGCAGAUCUGGUCGACAAAGAAUCCAAACCGUGAGUGUCCAGUUUGUAAACGACGACAUUCAAAGCGUCGAUUACCUCCUAACUUGGUCCUGAAGAAUCUGUGUGAGAGCUUCUUACAGGAUAAACGUCAGAGAUGUUCAGAGUCUCUCUGCAGUCUGCACUCUGAGGAACUCAAACUCUUCUGUCUGGACCAUCAGCAGCCAGUGUGUCUCAUCUGCAGAGAUUCAGAAAAACACUCCAACCACACAUUCAGACCCAUCCAUGAAGCUGCACAACAACACAGGAAGCAACUUCAGCAAACUCUGGAGCCCUUAAAGAACAAGUUAAAGGUUUCUGAACAAGUUAAAGUCAAGUUUGAUCAAACAGCAAAACACAUUCAGGUCCAGACCCGACACACAGAGAGGCAGAUUCAGGAUCAGUUCAAGAAGCUUCACCAGUUUCUAAUGAAGGAAGAGGAGGCCAGGAUGGCUGCACUGAGGGAGGAAGAGGAGCAGAAGACUGGGAUGAUGAAGGAGAAGAUGGAGGCUCUGAGCAGAGAGAUAGCAGAUCUUUCAGACACAGUCAGAGCCACAGAGGAGCAGCUGAGAGCUGAAGACGUCUCAUUCCUGCUCAACUACAAGGCUGCAGUGGAAAGAAUCCAGCGCUGCCCCCUGCUGGAGGAUCCACAGCUGCACUCAGGAGCUCUGAUAGACCAGGCCAAACAUCUGGGCAACCUGAGCUUCAACAUCUGGAACAACAUGAAGGACAUGGUCUCCUACACUCCUCUCAUUCUGGACCCAAACACUGCAAAUCCAACCCUCGUCCUGUCUGAAGAUCUGACCAGUGUGAAUUAUGGAAAUAAACAGCAGCUUCCUGAAAAUCCAGUGAGGUUUAAAGAUCUCUUCUCAGUCCUGAGCUCUGAGGGCUUCAACUCAGGGUCUCACAGCUGGGACAUCGAGGUUGGAGACAGUUCAGAUUGGGAACUUGGUGUUUUUGCAGAAUCUGUCCAGAGAAAAGGAAACAUACGACCUGCAUUAUGGAGAAUAUGGUUCUCUCACAAUGAAUACGCAGCGUUCUCCCCAUCACAUCCUGACACUGUUCUCCCAGUGAAGACGAAGUUUCAGAGGAUCAGAGUGAAUCUGGACUGGAACAAAGGAAAACUGUCCUUCUCUGAUUCUGAUACUAACAGACACAUACACACCUUCACAUACACUUUCACUGAGAGGAUGUUUCCAUAUUUUAAUACUUGGUCAAAUCGUCCACUAAAGAUUCUACCAGUGAAGGUGUGUGUGACUGUAGUACAACACUAACAGAUGAUGAUGAUCUCUGUCACUAACAUGCAAACUCUCCAAAAGCCACAGACAAGGAGAAGAUUCCACAACAGGACUUUGUGUACUCUGAACACAAACACAGAAAACAGCAACAGACUUUGGACUGACAUCAAGAAAACAGUCUUUGUAUCCGUACAUCUUUCUCAGUCAGUGUAUUGUUUGACAUGACUAUGUUGUGAUCAGAAUAAUCAUCAGUUCAUCAUCAGAUUCUGAAGACAAAGAUCAAUAUUACUGUAGAAACAUUGAAUGACUUUGAUCAUCAGAUCAGUUCUGAAUAUGUUCUAUUCAUUUACUGACAGUAAAUUAGCUUUGAUAGUUAACUACAUAUAUUACUGAAUGACAGUUUAAAGUGUGAUUUCUGUUUGACUUCAUUUCUAGAUUUUUUUUUUUAAAUUUACAUGUCAGCUAAUAUUCAACUCUGAAUCACAUUUUAUUUUUCUUUAUUCUCUGAAAUUUAGUCAUGAUGAAUAAUGUGGUUUGUGUUAAUUCUGGUGUGUUUGCAAAUUUGUAGUUUACUUAAAAUAUUUUUUCUUGUUGAAAGACUUUUGUCCCUUUUAUUUCUGUUUUACUCUGAAUUUGUUAAACGCUUUGAUAUUGAGCAUUUUGGUUGAAGGUUUCUGUUUAGUUACUGGGGUUUCUUCCAUUAUGUUUGGUGGCAGUGUCACAGUCAUAGCCAGAGGCUGUGAUUAGGUGGCAAUGCUCCCUCCUCCUCUGGCCCUGGUUCUCUCUCUCUCCUAGGUGUGUGGCAGAGGCUGGCAGCAGGUGUGGGUGAUUCCAGUCUACUGAUCGUGUGCAGGUGGGAGUCGUCUACUCAAGCUGGCUGGCUUCCCUUUAAAAAGUGACUCGACUUGCCAUUUGGUGUUGGACCGUCUCCUAACUAACAUGCUGACUCCUUCCUGCUUCUGUUGCCAUCUUCUCUGGAGGUUGGAUUAUCCACCUGGCUGAGGCUUCCUGGUUUCUAGUGGACUUUGGGAUUCUCCGGGGAUUCUCUGAGGCAGAGGAGGGCUCAGGCUGCUGCCACGCCACAUGUGAGCCUGCCACACCACCAGGAUGCCAUUCUGCUGGGGCUGGUAACCACCGUCACCGUCUACCUACCUGGAUGCCAAGGAUUCCACCGGUUGGUUUUUGAAACACCUAGGCCUGGUCGUUGAUGGUUUCCAGAACCAUAAAAUCUAGAGAGACUGUCAGCUGAGUUCUCACUCUUGCUACACCUGAUAAUAGAGUCUCUCUAUUGAUUGUUGGUUGUAGUUAUCUGCUGAAGUUAUGUGGGAUUCUGGGGUUAGUGUUUGGGAAUUUCUAGUAGUCUAGGAUGUCUGUUAUUUUGGGUUAGAGUUUAGUUUUUAUCCUGCCUUGGUGGUACCAGUCGUGGGUUAAUAGUUUAUUUGGUUGUAUCUGCAUUUAGUCCGCCUUUCCCCUAGGGGAAGUCUAGUUCAGUUACACCCUCAGUAUAUUCAUGUAGUUUCCAUUUCCGGUUUAUGAAUUCUGUUUCUUGUUGUAGUUUAUUUUGUUCUGAGUCCUUGUAUAAUCUUGUUAAAAUCAGUCACUCGUCUGCUGUCUCAUUUCCUGCUUCUGAGCCUCUGUACCCACUGUAACGUAUUCAGUCAAGGUGUAGCAUAGAAUCAUGAUUUCUAACAUGUUUCAUGGUGUAAGGAAAAAGUAUAUGCGUGCUUUUGGGUUAUUAAAUUUUUUUUUUUUUUUUUUUUUAAGCUUAGAUUUUCUGGAACUUGUAAUGGAAGAUGAUUUGUUUUUCUUUCUGAAACUUUUAAACUGUUUAAUACUUGUUUCACAAAUGCAGAUUUGCUAAUCCAAAUGUACAAUUUCAUCAUAGUGAGUGUUUAGAAUGACAGUUCUAUGCUUUAAUUUGCCUUUAUGAAUUUCAUUUUGAGUAAACAAUCACCCCAAGUGUUUUGAUUGGUUCAGUAUAAGUUUUGUUGUCACUGUAUAAUGUCUUCAAACAUGUGUAAAUCUCUUCCAAAACAAAAGGACUGUGCUUUUGUGAGAGGAGUGAAGGAAUUCCUAUCAGCAGGUUGCAGUUCUUAUUUGAACUGAAAGCAUCUAGAACUUGUCACAUGUGUGUAGCAGUCACUGAUGAUUCAUGGAUAAGAAGGAAAGAAUUCACAGAAAGAUGAAGGCUGAGCUGGCUGAUGCCACAACGUAGACUGUUUAUUAAAAAAAAAAAAAAAAAAAAAAGAUUUUGUAAAAAUAGUGAAAAUCUGACUGCAAAAUAGGAAAAAAAAUGCACAAAAAGGGCUGGCAUACUGUAAUGUUCAAAAACUGUAACGACAGUGAAAGUAACAGCAAAUAUCUAUUAAAUAAAGGUCUUUUAAAUACAAUACAACAGUGUCAUUUUAUGGUCUAAAUAUUUGACAUUAUGUCACAAUAUUAUUCAGGUGGAUGUCAGAAAAUUAGUCUUCCAUUGCCCUCUCCUGCUGUG